AGUAGUAUAUUUUCGCGGUGUAAGCCGAUUGGUUGAUUUUAUUUACGCCGUUGCAUGUGUCUAAAUAUAUUUCGUUGCAAAUUGCAAUACAUAUCACACAAUAUAAUAUUUAAUAAUUUGUUUUGCUUCAUUAAACGGGCAUUCGUGAUUUGUAGCAGUGUAUUAUUUGUGAUCAGCGAUUUCCUAAACAAGAAGGAAUACAAAACCUAAUGGCCAGUGCAAUCCCUAAAAAGGACGUUGUGCGUCAAGACAAACGUUUCAUCGAUAUGAUGUGGGAGAAUUGUCAUGAAUUCUUUGAUAAAGAAAAACACAUUGAUGUUACGUUUUUGUGGCGGAGUUAUCAUAAGCGUAUUACAGCUCAUCGACUUAUCUUGGCUGCUGCCAGUGUUUAUUUCGACGAAUUAUUUCAAACGGAGCAAGGUUCGGCUCCAGUUAUUUGUAUUGACAAUAUUGCACCGGUUGAAUUUGAGUUGCUUAUAGCUUACUGUUAUACGGGCAGGCUUAACCCUAAAAUGCAUAACGUCAGUAGACUAUUAAAUGGAGCCACGAUUUUGAAACUUGACGGUGCUGCUGCUCAUUGCACUGCUUACUUAAAAGGAUCGACGGAAGGAUCGCGCUCACCAGCAAUUCCAGCUUUACAAUUUCCUUCAAACCAUCCAAAAUCAAGUAAUAUUACUACAAAUAAUUCUAUAUUGGCAGUGCGACAAAGGAUCGUAAAAGAGUUUACCGAGAGUUGUAUUUACCGAUGCGACGAGACGGAGAAGUUAUGGAUACAGUGUGGUGUGUUGAAAUUCCCCACACAAAGCCCAGAUUUGGUGUACUUUAAUAAAAGGCUAAUAACUCUAGGUGGCAUUAGUCCGCAAAAUCUGCCGCUGAAUUGUGUCCACUCUUACAAUUUAGAAACACAAAUGUGGAGUAAACUGCCCCUGAUGAAGUUUGCGCGAGUAGGGAUGUGUGUUGUCAACGUCGAUGGUAUCAUUUACGUAAUAGGUGGUUAUAUCAGCGGCAGUGCUACUAAUACUGCAGAGAAAUUUGAUCCCUUCACCUUGCAAUGGAGCUUACUACCUUCAAUGUUUGUUUCCCGAGCCGAAGGUACGGCUGUGGCUAUUGGCGAUAAAAUUUAUGUACUUGGUGGUAUAGGAAUCGAUCGUGAAGAAUUAAAGUCAGUGGAAUGCUAUAACACCAAAACAGGGAAGUGGCGUAAGUGCGCAGACAUGCUUCAGGCGCGUUUUAAUUGCGGGGCAUCCUUUUUUAAAGGUCUAUUAUAUGCAAUAAGUUCAGGAAAAAUGCAGUCCCCCUACCGAAGCGACGUAGAGCGUUACGAUCCGAAAACUAAUACGUGGUCACAGGCAGCAUCAGUGAAUAUAGCACGGAGUGGUAUCUGUGGCAUAACACUCAGUGACCGUUUGAUGGCCGUUGGAGGAUCAUCAUCAACUGAGUGGAAAGGCAUUGUCGAAGUUUACAAACCGACACAAAAUACUUGGAUGAAAGUGCGGCCUUUGCCCAGCAGUGGUAAUUACAAGUGUUUCAUAGUCCCGACAAAAGAUCUUAUUGAAAUUGGGAGUAAAACUAAAUCACCACGGAUCAUAAAGCCUUUUGUGCAAGAGUAAAACCUUUUUUAAGCAUAAAUACAAGGUGCGUUCCAAAGUAAACAGUAAAAAAGUAACAAAGUAAAAUCUAGUGGCGCCAUCUAUAUGUCGACUAUUGCGUUAGAAUCUGCUAUCCUUUAUCGACUUCCAGUAAAAAUUUCAUGACAUUUCAUAUAUUGGAAGUGAAGUUAUUGAGUUUUAAGUGUCAGUAUGUUUUUGUCAUCAGUACGAAAAUGAGCUUCGAACAAAGAGCCAACAUUAAAUUUUGUUUUAAAAUUGGUAAAACUUUUACCGAAACGUUUCAAUUGAUGAAACAAGUUUAUGGCGAUAAUUGCCUAUCCCGUAGCAGAGUGCACGAGUGGUUUCAACGUUUUCAAAAUGGUCGUGAGGACAUAAAUGAGAAAUGAGCCGAAACCCAAAAAAUCGCGCCUGGAGAAGUCAAGAGUGAAGACAAUGCUGAUUUGUUUUUAUGAUUCCAAGGGUAUUGUCCACAAAGAAUUUGUUCCACCCGUUAAUGCGGUAUUCUACCUUGUUGUUUUGAAGCGUUUCGUGCGCCGUAUUCAAUCGUGUAAAAAGCUGUAUUAAAGCAGAAGGAGACUAUUUUGAAUAAAAUUAAUUGAUUUUGCCGAUAAAACCAUUUGUUCUGUCUUUUUUUUAAAAGUCCUGUUUACUUUGGAACCCACCUUGUAUAUACAUAAGUAUAUACUUAUUCAGCUGCAGAAACUUGUUUGAAGAAUGUCUGCCGACAAAUCUGUCAAUCAUUAAUAUUUAUUGCGUUGAGAAGAAUAAAUUGUAAACAAUAAAAAGUAAAUUUGAGUCCAACUUCUUUAUAACGAAUUUCUGUACAAUAAAAAAUUUUUAUAACGAA